AUCAAAUUCAAGAUGUUGAAGUACUCAACCAUUCUAUUUUUCGCAUUUAUUGAAUUUUAUCCAUAUGGAGUCUUGUCCAAACCUGUUGACUUCGUGAAAAAGUUAAGAGAGGUGGGGACUUUAGUUACCGAAAUCGCUGAAAAGCUACAGGAACCCCCGGAAAGCUUCGAAAGGAUCGGAUCAAAGUUUUAUUACAUCGAGACAAUUCAGAAGAAGAAUUGGUUUUCUGCACGGAAUACUUGUCGCAGGAUGGGCGGUAAUUUGGCUAAUAUACAGAACAGCGAGGAGCUGAUCGUCAUUAAACGCCAUGCAAAAAUUAACCGGGAAGAGCAUUACUGGCUGGACAUCACAGAUCUGGCGGAUGAGGGCCAGUUUGUGUCAUCCACCACCGGCGAGAGUGCCACCUUUUUAAAGUGGGCUUGGACAGACCCCAACAACUUAAAUGGCGUAGAAGACUGCGUUGAUUUAUACAGGGAUUUGAUGCAAGAUGACAAUUGUAAAGCAAAGAAAUAUUAUUUUAUUUGUGAAGCAGGCAAUUAAAGACAUUGUAUUCCUAGCUUUAAAAAUGCAUAACAAAAUAAAAAUAAAUUGUAAUUAAAGAUUUUUCUUUUCAAGAAUCUCAAUCCGAAAUAAGUAAAAAUUUUCAAAAGUCAGUUACAUUUUUUUCUUAACUAAACCAGCCAAGUUGGCAGCUCUAGUCCA